AUGCGCCUAAAGGGCAUGGAUGCCAACUGGGGCUACUGGGGACAGGACGCUUCUGCCUUCUGUGAGAACAAGGUUUCCUGGAGUGAUUCAGAGCUGUGGGCCAAGAUGAAGGAGUAUGACAAGGACGGUUACAGCAUCGCCUGUGGCAGCCGGGGCAACUACCAGGGGAUUCUCGCAGGCCAUGCCUACACCAUCCUGCGGUUCUUGGACGUGGAAGUCACACGCAAUGGCAAGAAAGAGACGCUGCUACUGAUGCACGUGCGCAACCCUCAUGCCACCAACGAGUGGAAGGGCAAGUGGCGUGACGAUGAUAAGGAGAUGCUUGGAGAGCGACAUGAGGCGUUGAAGGCCACGGGGCACAAGAUCCGAGUGAAGGACAAUGGGGUCUUCUGGAUGGACUUCGAGGACUUCAAGCACGGCUUCUCGGAGAUCGCCGUUUGCUUCGACAAGAGGGACCCCGGAAGGCGAUGUGAACUUAGUGGGGACAUGUGGAAACACUAUGAAGAGUGCGACGUUUUGCUGCUGGUCUUGUCCAAGUACACGGAGCCCAUCAGUUUGUCAGACUUCCGUGCGGUGAUGCUCGCCACGCUGAGGUCCUUGGCGCCCAAAGAUUGGGACACCGAGCACGAGGUGGCUUGGAACUGGCUUUGGGAGAAUAUUGAGCGCGUCCUGAAGGGGCAGCUGGGAAAGCCCAAGGCACUGGAGCGUGCGCUGACGCACUUCAUUGCCAGCUGGUCCGAGGACCAGGCCAUGUUCUUCCGCAAGGAGCUGUAUAAGCGAUUCUUUGCGUUCUCGCCAUCGGGCCAAGACUUCUUCAAGCAAUCUUCCACGUAUUUCCUGGCAGACCGCGUGGUUGAGAUGACUGUCGAGAUGUUCCGUGAGCCCAGAAAAAUGGUGCAAGAGAUCAGUGGCCUGGGUCUACGUCAUGUCGGCUGGGGCAUCCCACCGGAGCUCUUUGGGCCCUACACCUCCGGCGCGGUGGAAUCCGUGCGGUGCAUGACCACGGAUGAGAACACACAGGCGGCCUUUCGCUUCUCCCUGUCCCUGAUCGCCAAGAUCCUGGUGCGAGCGGUCACUGAAGGAGGUACUUUGGUCAUGAGGGCCAUCAACACCAACCAGGAGCUGGCCCUGAAGAAAGCCAUUGCCAUCGCCCCACGCGGCAAGCGUGCGAUGGAAUUGCUGAACAUCUCUGUGGGUACUCAGUCCAUCUCGCCCUUGUUCUGGUCCAUCGAGAGUGGAUCCCUCAACAGUGCUCGAGCCAUGAUCGUGGACUUGCUCACCAUUCGUGCAGACCGGGACGUCUACUACUACGGUUGCGAUGCGAUGUUCACGCGACAUCCUGAUCUCAUCCUUCGCCUGUGCAAUGACGCUUCCACCCUUUUGUGGACCUUGUUCGAUGGCUUGGUAUGGAGGUCCAGACUGGUGCAAGAUGGCCAAAGACGGGUGAACUACUACAUCAAGCAUUUGGUGCAAGACUUGGAAGGAAAUCUGAGUCCUGCACUGAAGUGGCUGGCGCAUCACAAGGAUCCUCGGCUGGUGAGCCAUGGUGUUGUGAUGACCUUUGCAGAUUUGCUGUGGAACCGCGUGGCCUCAUACCAGUUCUUGCUGGGGCGAGGCUAUUUCCUGUUUACAUUGCUGAUCUUUAUCACCAGCCAGUCCCUCUUGGUUCCUGGCGAGGAGGCCCUUUGGCGGAACAUCACCACUUUUGUGUGUCGAUGCUUUCUAUACUUGGGAAGCAUGAGCAAGCUGUUGUUCGACCAGUGUAAGCUUUCGUGCAGCGCCUUCAAGGCGGGCGAAUACCAGUGGUAUUGGCUACUUCCGGUGCCCAACUACCUCCACAGCACACAGCAGGCCGGCAGCCUCCUGUUGGUGUUGCUCCUGAUUCUGAUGUACAUUCAAGAGCCAAUCUUGUGGUGCAUCUCUUUUGGCACUCCCGACGAGGAAGGAAUGAUUUUCACCACCACCUGUCCUGAAGCUCAAGGGGUGAUGACCGCCUACACCGUCUUCUCUUGCAAACCAGCGGCCGAGACGGCCGAGACCAUCCGUGCUGCUCCGGAGCGCGGAAACGUGGCGGAGGAGGCGCCCGAGGCACCAGACUGUGACGGAAACGUGGCGGAGCUGGAACUGGAGCCGGUGGGGAUCCUACAGAGAAGCAGAACCCUAGAGGUGGACCGGGAGAUCAUGCGCGGCAUUACAAUGCGUAAGACCUUGCGUCACGCCUGGGUGUGGUGGCAAUCGCCGCUGGACCUGGAGCCAAGCCAAAGGGAAGGUUUGUGGAAGAAAUCAACGCCCGUUUCUGGCUUCGACAUUUUCUUGUCUCAUACUUGGUUGACCUUGGGGCUUUCCAAGUUUCUGGCAAUUCUGCUCCAAACUGCUUGGAAGUGGGCGAUGAUGGCUUGGUUCCUGACCAUGACCCUCCUCAUCCUUCUCUACGUCGAGAGCCUCAUCCCCAUGUCUAGUCGCUAUGUGCUGCCCAGCGAGAUCCAGCCAGAUGUCACGCUGCCCCGAGGGCUUUGGAUGACUGUCGCCAGCUUGCCCUCGUUGUUGCUUGGGCUGGUUUUGGCGGUGUACAUCCCGGAGUGGGUCUCAUCCUCACCCACCUGCUUUCUAGAUGCAGUCAGUAUAAACCAAGCUGACCAAGCUCUGAUGCAGCAGGGUGUCUAUGGGCUUGGCGGUUUCUUGAAGGCCUCCAAGGAGUUGCGGAUCUUGUGGUCAAGUCCGUAUUUUUUGAGACUUUGGUGCGUUUUUGAAUUGGCGGCCUACCGCACCGCCAACCCCGGCGGGAAAGUCACGCUUGCUCCGCUCUUCGUCGAGAUGGCUGUGGCCGUGUACCUGAUUGGUUAUUAUCUCACUUGCCUUGUUUUUGUCAUCGAUCUUGAAGCCUACUUGGCAGUGUCACUGCUCUCGCAGCUGGCCUUGAGCUUUCUUCUGGUGUGCUUUUUGCGGCGGAGCUUAGUGGCAAAGCGAAAGUUGUUCAGAGACCUCGACACAUUUGACGUCGAUUUGGCGCAGUGUCGCCUGCAAUAUGACCGAGACUUUGUUUUCAAUGCCAUCACCGAGUGGUUCGGGAGCAAGGAGGCUUUCACUGAAUAUGUGCGAGCUCAUCUAGGCGAAGCUGCAAUGUCGGCAUUCUCUGCUUCCACCAUCCCACUCCAAUAUCACAUUUUGCUUGUAACAUCAGAGGUGAGCUUGAACUUGGAUAACUUCAUGGCGCUUUGGAAGGGGGGCAUGCCUUCAGAAGUGCUAUGUUCGCAUUUUCUAGCUUUGGUCCUUGGGUAUGCAGUGUGCUGGCGCAUCGUGUAUUUGAGCCUGGCGGUGUACCUGUGCGACCUCGUGUCCCACCACUGUGGCCGGAAGUGUGCCAUGAUCAUGUUCGACUUCCUCAUUUUCCUCACCGUGAACCUUUGUUUGGUCGGUGGCCUUUUUCUGGCCCGAGCCGCCUAUGGUCAAGGGACCUUGGCCGCCUCUGCGUGGUUGGCUUUUGCGGGCCUCCUCGCUCUCAUUUCCCAGCUGCCUCGACGGAGGUCGCCCCGGAGUUGA